ACGUUCCCCUUCUCUUCUUUUAUCUUCUACAAAAAAAAAAAAAAUCCCCCAUAAUUGUUAUACCCUCUUCGUAUUCACUUGCUGAUUACUCUUGUUCGUCAUGAUUUCCUUCAGUCGUACAUGGCGUCGUCUGUCGCAUCAGUUCCUGCAUCGAAGACGCCAGUCGAUUGAUUCCACUUGCUCCUCCACUUCCAACAAAUCCGUCCGAUUUUAUGCCAUUGACGCUAUCUAUUAUACCCACAGCUCAGCGGAAUACGAUCGUACACCUUUGUGUGAAACCGAUGAUCGUCUAGCUUUCAUGUCCGAGCAUCUUAUUCUUUAUGCCGACGACUUGGACGAGGAUGAAGAUGAGGAGGAAGAAGAGGACGAUGAAGACGAUCACGAUUCUUUCUACGACGAACAACUGAUCCUUAAUACCAACCAUAAUCGGUUGUCAAGUAUUGCAACGUCAACCGCCCAUACCACAGUUGCUGCUAUGCGAUAAAUGAAAUUUCAUCGGUCAUCUCAUCUAUAUUUUGCAUAAUGCAUGCGAUCAUUGCAUCACAAGAACAUACUUAUUUUUAUCUUGGCAGGAAGAAAUAAGCAUGCCGAACAUAUACCACUUUCAUCGUCCCUAUUUGUACAUAUCUUAUGCCCUUGUUUUUC